GAAAUAAGUCUGUUAGUAGAAAGUCUCGUGUUUCUCGAUUUGGUUUCUUUAUGUUAAAAAAUCAGAAAAAAAAAAACUGACAAAAAAAAUGGGGACAUGACAUGACGGGAGGGAAAAAUGAUUACACAUAAUUGUUAUUUAUUUAAAUUAAAUAGAUGUAAGUUUUAGGUCUUAUAUAUAGUAAACAUGUUUGACCAUAUAGGCAGAGAUGGUGAUGAUUGAAAAAAGCUUCACCUCAGAAAUAUCUAGCAAAGAAAGUUUACGUGGUAGAGAAGAUGGCAGCAAGCAGCAGUUCACAUGGCAGAACAAGAGAAGCUCUGUUGGAAGAAUCUGACAUUAAUGGAAGAGAAAACAGAAAAUGGUGGAAGAAAGUUUUGGACAUGGAAGAAGCCAAACACCAACUCUUGUUUUCGCUUCCAAUGAUUCUUACAAACUUGUUCUAUUACUUAAUCACUUUGGUUUCUGUCAUGCUUGUUGGUCACUUAGGAGACCUUCAACUUGCUGGUGCUACUCUUGCAAACUCAUGGUUCAGUGUAACUGGCGUCGCUCUCAUGGUUGGUUUGAGUGGGGCAUUGGAAACAUUGUGUGGGCAAGGAUUUGGUGCAAAGGAAUACCAUAUGCUGGGAAUUUACCUACAAGCCUCAUGCAUCAUAUCUCUCAUUUUUUCCAUCAUUGUAUCCAUUAUUUGGUUCUAUACAGAACCCAUCCUGGUGUUGCUUCACCAAUCUCAUGACAUUGCAAGAACAGCUGCUCUUUAUAUGAGGUUUUUUAUCCCAGGAUUGUUUGCAUAUAGCUUCUUGCAAAACAUGUUGAGGUUUCUUCAGACACAAUCUGUAGUAAUGCCAUUGGUUCUACUCUCAGCUCUUCCAUUGCUUCUUCAAAUUGUCAUUGCAUAUGCCUUGGUUCAGAGGUCAGGUCUCAAUUUCACAGGUGCACCCGCUGCAGCUUCUAUUUCCCUAUGGAUUUCAAUGCUAUUACUUGCCUUGUAUGUAAUCUAUGCUAAGAAGUUCAGGCAGACAUGGCAAGGAUUUUCAAUGGAUUCAUUCAAUUACGUACUUACAAACAUGAAACUAGCUCUACCUUCUGCUGCAAUGGUAUGUUUGGAGUAUUGGGCUUUUGAAAUUUUGGUUUUCUUAGCUGGACUUCUGCCUAACUCCCAGAUAACAACUUCUUUGAUUGCAAUAUGUACAAAUACAGAAUUCGUAGCCUACAUGAUCACUUACGGUCUCAGUGCAGCUGCAAGCACAAGGGUAUCCAAUGAAUUGGGAGCAGGCAACCCAGAACGAGCUAAACAUGCAAUGAAUGUCACUCUCAAGCUCUCUCUCCUCCUUGGUUUCUGUUUUGUUUUGGCACUUGGAUUUGGUCAUAAUAUCUGGAUUCAGUUUUACAGUGAUAGUGCUACAAUCAAAGAGGAGUUUGCAUCAGUGACACCUUUGCUUGUCCUUUCCAUAUUACUAGAUGCCAUUCAAGGUGUCUUGUCAGGGGUGGCUAGAGGAUGUGGCUGGCAGCACUUGGCGGUUUACAUUAACCUUGCAACUUUUUAUCUCAUUGGUCUGCCAAUUUCAUGUCUCCUAGCAUUUAAGACCAAUUUGCAGUAUAAGGGUUUAUGGAUUGGUCUGAUUUGUGGACUGCUUUGUCAGACCGUGACUCUCUUCCUUUUCACAAGGCGUGCCAAAUGGUCUAAAUUGGAUCUUUCCCACGAAGACAAAGAUAAAGACCAUCCUCUUCUUAUAUAAACUUCUGCCAAACCUCCUAAGUUCGAGUAUGUAAUAACUGACGCAAGAGUUUAGUUACUGGUUCCUAAAUACUACCUCUUGGUGGUUUCUUAUGGCUGCUUAGUCUUGUUUAUUCUUUUUUGAAAAAAGUUAC